CCUUGUUUUCUGGCUUAGUUCAGCUUCUAUAUGUUGCCAUAUGAGCCCUAGUUCUGAUUGGUUGAUCAGUGCAGAGAGGCGGGCCCCCUGUCCUGAUUGGUUGAUCAGACCAAAACAACUUACAUUCACAAUAGGUGUUUAAAAAAAACAAAAUGGACGUCUCUCUUAUGAGUCGACAAAUCCAAGCGAUCAAUGUGGAGCGUCUUUGCAGAGAGAAUGGGAGUGAAAUGAAGAAAGAAGGUGGCAAAGAAAAAGCCAAAGGCCAAGUUGAGGAAAUGGUUUCAAGGUGGACGAGCUUGUCCACAGGUCACAACUUUCCGAGACAGGGUCCCCAAUUACGGUGCUCCCGUAACCUUUAUUUCCUUCCUUUUUUGCGGCGUAGCCUUCCGGCUAAACUAAUCAAUGGAGGGAUUGCAGGCAUGGUUGGAGUCACCUGCGUAUUCCCAAUCGACCUAGCCAAGACUCGCCUGCAGAACCAGCGAAGCGGUCAGCAGCUUUACAAGAAUAUGAUGGACUGCCUUAUAAAGACAGUUAAAUCUGAAGGUUACUUUGGCAUGUAUCGAGGCGCUGCUGUAAAUUUAACCCUAGUGACUCCCGAGAAGGCCAUCAAACUCGCCGCCAACGACUUCUUUCGCCACCAACUAAGCAAAAACGGUAAGUUAACCGUGUUUAAGGAGAUGCUGGCAGGGUGCUGUGCCGGAAUGUGCCAGGCCGUCGUCACCACUCCCAUGGAGAUGCUCAAGAUUCAGCUUCAGGAUGCCGGCAGGCUCGCCGCCCAGCAAAGGGUGAUGCCCAGUGUGGUAACAGCUUUAAAAAUGGGCGGAACCAGCGCCGUCCUAAGUCGAUCCUAUAACGCUAGCACGACGCCCGAGGCGGCGAGAGCGUCUGCGACACAAAUCGCCAAAGAGCUCCUGAAAACCAAAGGUGUCACAGGACUGUACAGGGGACUGGCGGCGACAUUAAUGAGGGAUAUGCCGUUUUCGGUUGUGUACUUCCCGCUUUUUGCACAUUUACAUCAACUCGGGCGCCAUUCAUCUGGAAACCCGUCGGUGCCUUUCUAUUGGUCCUUUGCGUCUGGAUGCCUGGCCGGGUCGGUUGCAGCCGUGGCCGUUAGCCCUUGUGAUGUCGUCAAAACAAGGCUACAAUCCCUUAAAAAAGGAACAAACGAAGAAACGUACAACGGAGUGGUGGACUGCGUCAGAAAAAUCCUGAAAAAAGAGGGCGCCUCGGCUUUCCUGACAGGAGCUAGCUGCAGGGCCCUCGUCAUUGCGCCGCUCUUCGGCAUCGCCCAGGUUGUGUACUUUGUAGGAGUCGGAGAAAUGCUGCUGGGUUACGCACCCUAUAAUAUGUACUCGGCGUAGGUUUUCCAUUGUAAGACAAGUCAUGUGACUUGAGUUAUACUAUUUGAUACCUGAUAGGAUCUUGAUGCAUGACAGUACCCCCCUCUCCCUUUUUCCGUAAUCAGAUUUCUGAGAUAAAAACAGGUUAUCAGGU